AUGAAAUUACUUUCAAUCUUACUGUUUGUUCUGGUCCUCUUCGUUUCAACGGCGCAAUUUGUAAGUUUCAUACAAAAAUCAAUAAAUUUAGCCCGUACGCCAAAAAAAUAUUGAUUUUUUUGACGAUUUUUAUUUUUUCAGUACGCAGAUGAUACGAUUGGAGACAAGCUCAGUUCUGCUGGUGAUAAGAUCUCUGAAACGGCUUCGGAUGCUAAGGAAAAGGUGAAGGAUGCGGUGAAUCGGGUUCGCCGAACAGUUGAAGGAGUAAUGAACGAAGCUGGGGAUACCCUCGAAGCCGGCAAACGAAAGGCUGGGGAAAAUUACGAAGCCGCUAAAGACAAUGUCGGAGGUGUUUAUCAGAGCACCAAGGACAAAACUCUGCAAGGAGUAGACGAAGCCAGUGAGUUUUAUCUAUUUUUUUUUUCUUGUCCUGUGUCAGUCUAUGCGCAACAUGAUUUUUGGCAAAAUUAAAUGCAAGAAUAACUUUUGAGGAGUAAAAUUGUUUCUCCAUGUUGUACACGUCCUAGUCAAGCUUCGCCAGAUGAAUCCUUGUCCAUUUCUGUCCGAUUCUGUUAUUUUUCGAAUGAUGUGUGUCUGUGUUUAGACGCGUGUUAUAAGGACGAUUGUCCGGACGAUCAUAUCCCGCGCACUCGAAAAGAAUUGGCCGAGGAUUUGUCGUACGAGGCUCGGAUGGGCUUCACCCAUUCUGAAGAGCGACUCCAGGAAUUGAGUAAUUGUUUUGUUGUGAUUUGUGUUCUUGUUGUUUUAGUGUGGGUCAAUUUCUAAUGUUUGAUUUUUCAGAGGACAAGGUUGGUGAAGCCAAAGAAGAGUCUAAAACCAUCGGACAAACGAUUGCGGACAAGGUUGGAUCAGCCAGUAAGUUGGUUUAUUACUUUUUUAUAUUUAACAAAAGCAAGUUGUCGAACUAGUUCAAUACUUAUAAAUUUUCAGAGGACUCCGUUGUUGGCACGUUGAAAGAUGCCGGGGGCAAAGUCGGCGAUUUCGCUGCCAGCGUCCGCGACACUGUCACCGGUGGUGCUGAAGAUGCUAAAGACUCUGCCAAAGAAACUGGACAGGCUGCCAAAGAAAAAGCUCAAAAUGCCGGGGCUUCAGUGAGGUCCGGUGCUUCUGAUGCCGCCGAUUACGUGAAGGACAAGGCCCAAGCAGCCGGUCAAUUCACUGGAGAGAAGUUUGAUCAGGCCAAGAACAAGGUCGGAGACGCGGCCGAUGGAAUGAAUGAUGCCAUGAGAGUCGCUCGCAGUGGAGUUGGAGACGCCUGGGAAGGGACGAAGGACAAGGCUGGAAACGCUGCUGAUUCUGUAAAAUCUGGAGCUGGUAGUGUCGCCGAUACCGCCUCGAAUGUAUGGGAAGGAGCUAAAGACAAGGCCGGAAAUGCAGCUGAUUCGAUCAAGUCCGGAGCUUCUGAUGCCUCUGAUUAUGUUGGAGACAAGUACCAGCAGGCCAAGGAUAAGGUCCACGAAAACACUCGGGUCAUAAGGGACGUUGGAGACGAUAUCAAGGACAAAGCUUCGGAUGCGGCGGAUGCUGUCAGCGAGAAGUAUAAUCAAGCCAAGGAUAAGGUCAACGAUGCUGUCAGAGACAAGAGAACUGUUGGCGAAGACAUCAAGCAAAAGGCUUCUGAUGCCGCGGAUUCAAUCAAGUCCGGAGCUUCUGAUGCCUCUGAUUAUGUUGGAGACAAGUACCAGCAGGCCAAGGAUAAGGUCCACGAAAACACUCGGGUCAUAAGGGACGUUGGAGACGAUAUCAAGGACAAAGCUUCGGAUGCGGCGGAUGCUGUCAGCGAGAAGUAUAAUCAAGCCAAGGAUAAGGUCAACGAUGCUGUCAGAGACAAGAGAACUGUUGGCGAAGACAUCAAGCAAAAGGCUUCUGAUGCCGCGGAUUCAAUCAAGUCCGGAGCUUCUGAUGCCUCUGAUUAUGUUGGCGACAAGUACCAGCAGGCCAAGGAUAAGGCCACUAGAGUCAAGAGAGACGUUGGAGACGAUAUCAAGGAAAAGGCUGCUGAUGCGGCGGAUGCUGUCAGCGACAAGUAUAACCAGGCCAAAGAUAAGGUCAGCGAAGCCGUCCGAGACAAGAGAACUGUUGGCGAAGACAUCAAGAACAAAGCAUCGGAUGCCGCGGACUCUGUAAAGUCUGGAGCUUCAAGCGCUGCAGAUGCAAUGGGUGACAAGUAUCAUCAAGCCGAAGAAAAAGUGAAGGAUGUCGUCAGAGACAAGAGAGAUGCUGUUGAAGAUCGAUUGAGAAGGGCCAGAGACACUACUGGAAAAGUUGGUAAGUAAGCUUCAAGAAUGUUAUGUUGUCCCGGCUAUCUGUCCUACGUUUCUUGUCAUCGGCUUAUGGGGGAAAUAGGAAUUUUUGGUUUGUAUUUACGAUAUUAUUGAACGACGUCCGUUUCUUGCUCUCUAAUAGUCUUAUCUAAACGAAAAUUAAGGUGCUAAUAUAAUAUCUAAGCUGACGGAAUAAGAGAAAAUCUUGACAGUAGCGGGGUUUAGGCUGAAUCGCCCUUUUGUGAUUUUAAACGCUACCCAAAUCUCCAGCUUGCUGCGCUCUACUCAUGCUAAAACUUCCCCUUGCUGAUCGCGCUCCUUAGUUGUCAAACCCUUUUUAUGUUAUCCUUUUCAUUUCUAGAAGGCGAAGAGAGUUGCGACCCGAGUACCGACAGUUAUUACUGUGUCGGGCAUGUCUUGCACUCCGUUAAGCGUCGUGCCAGCGAUGUUGUCACACAUUUAUACAGUUUUAUCGAGGACCCUGAUCUCCUUACCUAAACAUCUUUCGUAAUCUCUAUUUUCUUGUUGUAUGUAUUUUGUGUAUAUGUUGUUUGCCUUUCAUAAAUUUAUUAUGUAUAUUUUUGGAAGAGUUUCUUACUGCAUUUUGUGAUAUAUUAAUCUUUCCGGACAGUAGCGGAAGUGAUUUGGGCGGCAUGUACUGUGAAACAAAAUUUCACUUUGCACUGUGCGCUUUUCAAAAAAGGUUGGAACCCGCACAGUGCAAUUCGAAAUCGCGAUGUCUCGAGCCACAUUGAAGAAAUCAGGGAAGGAAACGCGAUAAAGCCCUUGCCCUUUGCACUGUGCGAAUUGUUUUUUCGGUCGUUCGCAACCUGCCUUUUCGUUUCCUGAAAAAGGCCCAAAAUUAUUCCAGUGACUUUCUGAAAAGACUUGUAUACGAUUUUUUUCCAUGUGUUAUAUUUUCCAACAACAUCCAAAUUGCAGGACAAGGAGCUGGAGAAAUUAAAGAGGGCGCUGGAAAGAUUGCCUCGGGCAUUGGCGAAGGUGCUUCAAAUGCUGCUGGUGCUGUGAAGGACACGGUCGGCGACGCCGCUUCCGCUACAUACAGAGGCGCUGGAAACGUUGCCUCAGGCAUUGGUGAGGGUGUCUCAAAUGCCGCUGGCGCUGUGAAGGACACGGUCGGCGACGCUGCCUCCGCUACGUAUCACGGCGCUGCGAAUGCGGCUGGAUCGGUCAAAGAGGGAGUCAGCUCUGUUGCCUCGGGUGCCGCGAACAAAGCCAAUCAAGGAAAAGACGCCUUAGGGCGUACUAUCGAACGUGCUGGUCAGUCCAUCCAGAGUGAGGGUAGUCGUCCAUAA